GAUCAUAUUGGUCAUUCAUUAAACAGCGAGCAGAUCCAGUCAGUUUGUUCAUAGUGAACGUGGAUCUCCAGGAGUCUGUGCUGGGCCCUGAGCGACAUUCCUGUAUCACACACUGAACGGAGAAAUGGCCUGGCGCUGGUUCUUUGUCCUGCUCACUGUAUGCUUGGCUACUUUGUGGAAGAAGUCCUCAGUCACAGUCAAGUGUUGGAAAGGAACCGAUCACCUCCGGCCUGUGGUCAGAAUCGAGGGUGGCCUCAUUCGGGGAGAACAGCAGGAGGUCGAAGGGAUUCCCAGGGCAGUCUUUGGCUACCUCGGAAUCCCAUUCGCAGCACCUCCUGUGGGGGCCCUGAGGUUUGCUCCUCCCAAGAAACCAGAGCCAUGGACAGGAAUCCGCAAUGUAACAAAGCACCCGCCAAUGUGUCUGCAGAAAGUCAGGAAGCGUUUGGAGCCCUUCCCAGUGUCUGCCAGUGAGGACUGCCUGUAUCUCAGUGUCUACAGUCCAAUCCAUCCUUUACAGCAGAACAGCUCUCUACCUGUUAUGGUCUGGAUCCAUGGAGGAGCCUUCAUUCUGGGCAAGAGCUCUAUCUUUCAUGGGGCAGCCCUGGCCGGUUAUGGUAAUGUCGUUGUUGUGGUGAUUCAGUACAGGAUCAGUGUGGCUGGCUUUCUCAGCACAGGAGAUGAAUAUGCUCGAGGGAAUUUUGGAUUCCUGGACCAGUUAGCAGCCCUGCAGUGGGUACAGAGGAAUAUUCGGGAGUUUGGUGGAAACCCAGGAUCAGUCACACUGUUUGGACAGUCAGUUGGAUCACUCAGUGUUUCACUACAUACUCUAUCUCCACUAUCCACUGGCCUGUUCCAUCGGGCAAUAUUGCAAAGUGGGAGCUCUCUAAUGCCAGGAUUGGUACCUCCAAUACCAACCCAGUUGGCACAGGAAGUUGCUCAGAUAGCAGGAUGUAAUAGCACCCAGUCACAGCUACUGCUGCACUGCCUUCGUAACAAGACUGAGGAAGAGAUGGUUCAAAUCACCACCAGUUUGAAUGAGCUGUACCAGUUAAUUCCUGCUCUAAUUGUGGAUGGAUAUUUCCUUAAUGAUGAUCCCUGGAAGAUGUUCCAGAAAGGACAGUUUCAGAACAUCCCGAUCCUGGUCGGAGUGACCACAGAGGAGGUGAUAGGAAGCCUUGUCCACCCAGAGCAAAUCAUUCUGCCCAGCUGGGAAACAGGAAUAAACAGAGAACAAAUUCAGGAGAAAAUUAACCAGUUUAUCAAACCCCUAUUCGGUGAGGAGAAUGGAGCCCUGAUUUUUGAUGAAUACUUUGAGGAUGUACAUGACUGUGACACACUGAAGGAACGGUACCUCGACCUGUUUGGCGAUGUGUUUAUAACUAUUCCCACCCUGAGAGCUGCCCAGUAUUACAAAGAUGCUGGGAACCCUGUGUUUCUGUAUGAGUUCCAGCACCGUGCCAGUUUCUAUGAGAGGAGAAUACCCCAGUUCAGGAGAGCUCCUCACGCAGCGGAACUCUCCUUUGUCUUUGGAGGAGCCUUCAUCCCUGCUUUUGAUGUGUUACUUGGUAACGUGACUGAAGCAGAAAAGAGUUUGAGUAAGAUGGUGAUGUUAUACUGGGCCAGCUUUGCGUGGAAUGGGAAUCCCAACAGAAAUGACUUACCAAAUUGGCCGAUGAACAGUGACUCUGGAAAAUACAUGCAGUUCAACCUCAACCUGCAAACAGGCAACAAUUUAAAGAAAGACAAGCUCAAAUUUUGGUCUAACAAGCCUCCAAAGAUAAUUGCAAAAAUACUAAUCUAGUUUAAAGUUAAUUCCAAUCCUUUGUUUGAAAUGUCAUGAAGUGUUUAAAUUUGUGGGUGUUACCUUGUACCAAAAUGUACAAAUGCACAACACACACAUGACCUGACAAAAGUGCCCAUACAAACACACACAAUAAGGUAGAAAUACAUGUCCAAACACACAUACACACAAACACAACUUGUACAAACGCACACAAAGGCAUACACAAACUGACACAUACACACACCUUUCUAUAUGUUCUCACAUAAUCAGGAAUGUUGGACAUAUCUUUCUCACAAAUUAAUUGAAUUGAAGUAGACAGACAAGAUAGGAAAAGGAAAGUGACACUAAACAGAACUUUGAACUGACCUUACAUUCAUUGCCAGAUCAUUAGAAAUGAACCGUAAAGCCAAGAUUAUUGUAUUGGAGAAUGAGCUGAGAACAAUCACAGCACCGAUGGUGAAUCAAACAAAUCAGCAAAUAUAAAACAAAUAAAAAUUAGAAUAUUUGCAUGA